UUCAUGUGUAGAAUAAAACAAACUUUUUUGAGAAUCUUAGACAGCCUGAUACUCCAGUCAUGCGAAGAAGAAAAAAAGAUUUGCGCACGGGUUCUAAUUCUGGGUUUGCAAUUGCCCCACAGUAAGGAUGAUAGGAGCUCAGCUGAGACAACUCACAAGUGUCUCACCCCACCAGUGUUCCACUAUCGUGGUAAUAACGUACUGUCAGUUCACCGUCCUUCUGCCUCCGAUGUUAAACGUAACUUAGACCUAAUUGUCAUGCUAAAGUGCGCGGUAUCUUUCCUUAUUUCAUAGCAUCAUCACCAAAUGUGGCAUUAACGCUCUCCCACAGUGUUGGCGAAGCUACUCUGAAAAUAUUGUUUACCAAUUACUUAACACUGGCAGAAGUUAAGCUACACCAAAGCUACUCUUAAGAAAAUAUAGUUUACUUAAAGGGGCAAUCGGCAGUUGUUACAUCCAUUUUUGGACUUAUAAAUGAAUGAUAUAUUGAUUCUUGAAAAAUAUAACUUAUAAAUGCCUAAUGAGCUCAGUUUAACUGUCAUACCCCAUCAGAACCCAAAAUAUAAGCUUGUUUUACUCCAAUUUUAGUAAACAAAGUAAAUGUAAACAAACACUAUAUAGCCUCAAAACAUAGUUAAAACUAUAAUUUUGAUAUCAUUGAUGGUCAUCCAUAGCUCAGCUUUUUACUGAAACAGAAUGCUUUGUUAUUGUGUCUACUGCUGAUUGCCACUUUAACUAACAUUACUUUGAAAAGCGAGUUCACUACAUCCAAACUACUUUAUGAUAAAUUAUCAUAUCAAAUCUGAAAUGUCAUAGACCACAAAUUGCAAGAACCGAUUUCUCUGGAGUCAGAUGUUAACAGAAUUGUGUAAAUUGUCCUAUUAAACACACAAACUAUGUUUCACGUGAGAAUUAGGAAAGAAAGGAAAUGUCCUACUUCAACCAUAUUCUAGUGUGUAGUUCCAGUAGUUAGCUACACCACUACAUGGCAAAAAAAAGUCAUUAACUACCACCAAGCUACAAAAUGUAUUUAAAUGACUAAUUGAACUACUCACUACUCCCCAACACUGCUCUCUCAUCACAUCUAUUAUCUGAUCCCUAGUUGGGGAUUUAAAGGAGGAAUAGCUCUGGAGCUACAAGGUUAAACAAACAGAGACUCGUCAGUUAGUCAGUUAGCCUAACAGAUGAAACUGGUUCAGUGUUCAAGGCAUGGCCCCAGUGUACCAACAUAUGACUCUCAUGAGGCCCCUAGCUAUGGAUAUAACCAAAAUAAUGUACAUUGUCAACAUUGGAGCUAAUAAGGCCACCUACCAACCUGUUUUUCCUGAUAGGUUUCCUUUCAUGUACCAAACAGGCUCUGAAAUGGACGUGCUCUGUAUAUGCUGGUGACUGUAUUUGGUAGAGCAGUAUUCUCCCUGGGGUGUUGGAAAUAACACGCGGUUGACAAGACACAGUAAAAACACUUGCGGCACUGGGCAUACUACAACUUGUAACGGUCGUCGAAGUCGUUCUCCUCCUCAGACGAGGAGGAGCAUGGAUCGGACCAACACGCAGCGAGUGUGUCCACAGAUGAGAUAAUGCAGAUGGAGAAGGACAGCAACAUCAAUCAUUGCCAUGACAACAGCCAGGCUACGGAGGACAGGGAGCGGGAGAAGCAGUUGGCCAGGAAGAGGCUCUACGUGGUCUCAGCUGUUUGCUUGGUCUUCAUGAUCGGAGAGAUCCUGGGUGGUUACUUUGCGGGGAGUCUGGCGGUAAUGACAGACGCCGCCCACCUGCUGGUAGACUUCGCCAGCUUCAUCAUCAGCCUGGUGUCUCUGUGGCUCUCGUCCAGACCCGCCACACGCACACUCAGCUACGGCUGGCAUCGUGCAGAGAUCCUAGGCGCUCUCCUCUCGGUGGUGACCAUCUGGCUUGUGACAGGUGUGUUGGUCUACCUGGCCGUGCAGCGGCUCAUCAGAGAUAAUUACGAGAUCGAGGGGACCAUCAUGCUCAUUACCUCAGGCUGCGCUGUGCUUGCAAACAUCAUUAUGGCUUUCACCUUGCACCAGUCCGGGCAUGGGCACAGCCAUGGGGGCCUCAGUAGCGGGCACAGCCACAGCCACGGAAACAAGGACAAGGGCAACCAUGGUCACAGCCACGCGGUGGGCGAUAGGCACGGGCACAGCAACAAAAGUAACCACUCACACGGUAACGGUAACCAGGAAAACCAUUCCCAUGGAAACGGCGAUGUGGAGCAGCACGGUGGGGUGGACGUUCAGCGGUAUGAGUUGUCGGAGUCGCAACCUCAGGCCAACGCCAGCGUGCGUGCCGCCUUCGUGCACGUGGUGGGAGACCUGCUCCAGAGCAUCAGCGUGCUGGUCAGCGCCAUCAUCAUCUUCUUCAAGCCCGAGUAUAAGAUAGCUGACCCUAUCUGUACGUUCCUGUUUUCUAUAUUUGUCCUGGGAACCACCAUCACCAUUCUGAGAGACAUCCUGAUAGUCCUCAUGGAAGGCACCCCAGCUGGAGUGAAGCACGGUGAGGUGAGGGACCGGCUGUUGGCAGUGAAGGGGGUGAAGUCUGUCCAUAGCCUCCAUAUCUGGGCCCUGACUAUGAACCAGACGGUGCUGUCAGCACACGUGGCUAUAGAUGACUUAGUGGAUUCCCAGCCAGUUCUAAGGGAGAUGACCCAAACUUGCUUCUCCAACUACAACUUCCAUUCAGUCACCAUACAGCUGGAACAACAGUCCGACCAGAAGCCUGGGUGUAGCCUGUGUGACGACCCCAAAAUAUAGACGUCUGUUUAAGUCCAUGGGAGAGGCCAGGAGCCCAGAGGAAUAAGCUACCAAACCAGGAUUUAGUUGUAACCUGGACAGGCUUUUGGCCAGUGCUUGACUUGGCCAGGAACAUACUGGAACUGAGUUAUAGCACCUCACAUAUUCUACUGCUUGAGUUCCUGCACCUCUUAGAGAAUAUUGGCUUAAAAUAUUCAGUGGUGUAAAGUACUUAAGUGAAAAUAUUUUUUAAGUACUACCUAAGUUGUUUUUUUGGGUUAUCUGUACUUUACUUUACUAUUUAUAUUUUUGACAACUUUAACUUUUACUACACUACAUUCCUAAAGAAAAGAAUGUACUUCUUACGCCUUACAUUUUCCCUGACACCCAAAAGUACUCGUUACAUUUUGAAUGCUUAGCAGGAAAGCACAAUUGUCUAAUUCAUGCACUUAUUGAGAGAACAUCCCUGGUCAUCCCUACUGCCUCUCAUCUGGCAGACUCACUAAACACAAAUGCUUCGUUUGUAACAUAUUUCUGAGUGUUGAACUGUGACCCUGGCAAUCCGUAAAUAAAAAA